AUCUAGCUUGGAUUCAACUUCAAAGAGACUCCUAAUUAACGUGGGUAACAAGAGUUGAUGUACAUCACUGUAUCUGUAUAUUCGAGAUUUCCAGCCUCUCCCGCAUUUUGGUGAAACAAAUUAAUAAUAAGACGAACCUCAUCAACAUGGACUUACUCUCUUCUUAUCAAACCAAAAUUAAGGAACUGGAAGCAGAGAAUGCAAGAUUAACAUCAAUUCUUUCAACAUGCACUUGCCACAAGGUGGAGAAGAAUAUUGAUACUGAUGUUAUAGAUAACAAUACGUCUGAAAUAAAGUUGGAAAAGUUGAAGUUGGGAAAUUGUGUUGGGAAUGGAAAAAAGAAGCCAAAGAAGAGACUUUCAGGUUAUGAUUUGAACUCCAUGAACCAUCACUCACAAAGACUCGUGGCUCUGAAAAUCAUGUAUUUUGGUCAGAGGUUUUAUGGUUUUGCAUCAGAGGCUCAGAUGGAUCCAACCGUUGAGUCUGAACUUUUCAAAGCCCUUCAAAAGACAAGACUUGUAAUUAGUGACAAGAAGGAGUUGCUGUAUUCAAGAUGCGGUAGAACAGAUAAGGGUGUUUCCUCUGUGGGGCAAGUUGUUGCAUUACGAUUAAGGUCAAAAUGUACCGAACCUGGAGGCAAUACUUCUGAGGAAGUUGUAGAUAAAACACCAGAUGAGGGGGAGCUGGAUUAUGUAAAAAUAUUGAAUGGAGUUCUCCCUGAUGAUAUUCGAGUGAUAGGCUGGUGUCCUGCUCCAGCUAAUUUUAGUGCCAGGUUUAGCUGUGUGAGUAGACAAUAUGUAUACUUCUUCUGGAGGGAAAAUUUGAAUAUUUUGGCAAUGGAGAGAUCAUGUAAACGGCUCGUUGGCGAACAUGAUUUUAGAAAUUUUUGUAAGAUGGAUGCGGCGAAUGUGCAUAAUUACAAAAGGCGCAUAACAUCAUUCGAUAUAUGUCCUUGGAAUGGAAGUGAUGAACUCUUCUUCAUAAAAAUCAAAGGCAGUGCUUUCUUGUGGCACCAGGUUAGGUGCAUGGUUGCUGUGUUAUUCUUGAUUGGCCAAGGUCUUGAAUCACCUGACGUUAUAGAUGCUUUGCUUGAUGUUGACAAGACGCCUAGGAAACCUCUCUACAAAAUGGCCCCAGAGAUUCCACUUGUUCUUCAAUCUUGUGAAUUUGAAGGCCUCAACUUUAUGUGCUCGUCAGAUGCAAGACGAGCUUUGCAGUUACAUUUAGAAAAGGAAUGCCGGACAUACAAACUUCAAGCUGCCAUUUUCCAUGAGGCUCUAUCGAGUCUUUCAAAAACUGAAGAUGAUGAGAGUGUAAUGAGUUGUAAGACCAAAAAGAAAGUCUCUUCUCAUAUUCCUAUUAUGUCACGUCCUACCGAACCAUCUUAUGAUGAACGGCGUGCUAAGUUAACUUUUUCAGCAGCGGCAGAAGACAAAUCAGUUGUAGGCUUGUAGCCAAUAUGAACAGUUUAUGAAGUCCAGGAUCAUCUUUAUUCUGUUUCCUUUUGUCAGUCCAUGUACCAUUUAUUCCUUUUGUUUUUCAUUCAUGUAACUUAGGUGGUGUACUUUUUUAAUCAAACCCUUGAGAAGUAACUUAUGAGUUAUGACCCAGAGCAGGUAGGGUCUUUGUAUCAGAAUGAAUUAGUGAUAGUAGCAGACAACCAUUAAUCAAACGGAAAGGGAAAAAGACCCUAGAAGCUCAAA